AUGCGGUCUAGCGCGACAGCCGCGCAGUCCAAGGAAAGUUACUGGGGCAGGCUUGAGGGCGGACCCUGCUGCAGAGCUCUCUACCAGUUUGACGCUGAGAACGACACCGAGCUGGCCUUCGCGGAAGGCGACAUUAUUCAAUUGAUCAGGCAGGUAGACGAAAACUGGUAUGAAGGACGGUUGAACGGCAGAGAAGGCUUUUUCCCGGUGAACUACGUGGAGGUUAUUGUCGCUCUCCCCUAA